AUGUCAGUCGGAAAGCCGAAAUACCAAACUGUGGUUUGCGAGGGUGAGGACGGCCUUUUACGGGUUAACCAUGAUGCAACCCUUCCAGGUCUCGGCCCCGAAGACGUCCUCGUCCAAACGAAGGCCGUAGCGAUCAACCCCUGCGACUACAAGAUGCACGAGCGGUUUCCUUGUGCAGGCGCCAUUGACGGCUGCGACUUCUCUGGCAUUGUGGUGGCGGUCGGUGCUGCCGUGUCCGAAUCCGGGUCCUUCCGAGUCGGGGACCGAGUCUGUGGGGCCGUACAUGGGUCCAACCCUGCCCGACCCGAGGUGGGGAGUUUCGCCGAAUGGCUUGUCUCCGAGUCCGAAUUCACGUUGAAGAUCCCCCCCGAUAUGUCUUUUGAGCAAGCUGCUGCGAUUGGAGGGACGGGGGUGGCGACACUUAGCAUGGCGCUCUUCCAUGACUCGUCGCUGGGCUUGCCUGGGACGCCCGACGAACCCGCCCCAAAGCCUCGCACAGUGCUGGUGCAUGGCGGAAGCUCUUCAGUGGGUACGAUGGCCAUACAGUUAGUCCGCCUCGUGGGCCACAUCCCCAUUACAACCUGCUCCCCGAGGAACUUCGAGCUAGUCAAUUCAUAUGGCGCAGAACGGGCGUUCGAUUACUCAGACCCCGACUGCGCCAAAGACAUCAAGUCGUACACACGCAACUCCUUGUCAUACGUCCUUGACCCGUUCACCGACUCCAAGAGCAUCGCGCUCUGCUGCGGGGCACUUGGCCGGGCUGGAGGUCGCUACGCCUGCCUUGAGAUGUACCCGGAUUAUCUACUGGAGAACAGGCUGAUCAAGGUGGGAUUUACAAUGGGGCCUGCCCUUCUUGGCCACCGACUAGAGCUAGACCACGGCUACGAGAGAGAAGCUGAUCCUGCGAUGCGGGCUUUUGGCGUGCGAUGGUACAAGAACCUACAAAAAUUGCUAGACCAGGGGAAGCUGAGGCCACAUCCGAUCAGGGUUCUGGAAAAUCUACCGUGGUACGAGGCGGUGCUAAAAGGCAUCGAGAUGGUCAAGAGCAAGUCUGUAUCGGGGCAGAAGCUGGUGGUAGUCAUUAGCCGUUCCUAA